AUGAAGAUGUGGCAUCCCUUGCAAUCACUUCCUCUGUGUGUGCUACUUGCUUUUCUUGUGAGCCACGGCCAAGGAACCAGGCAGGGCCAGGAUCUCAAAUGUGGAGGUAAGUCUUUGGACUAAUACCUUUUUACUACACUAGAUCCUGUUUAAUCUCAUAAUUUGAUCCCAACCCCCUUAUUUUCUACAUUGUGCGUCCACUUUUGGUCUGCAUACCUUAAUUUAAUUACCUAACAUUUCGCUAUUGUCCAUCAGCAUGUAGGGCCAUGGUGGAUGAGAUGGAGUGGGCAAUAUCCCAGGUGGAUCCUAACAAAAUGAUCCAGACCGGGUCCUUUAGAAUCAACCCAGAUGGUAGCCAGUCUAUUAGAGAGGUAAUUGUACCUGAUGGCUACUGGGUCCUUCAUUGGCCUUAUUUUACACAUUCAAUGUUAUUUAUUUGGAGGCUGGGAUUCUACAGCAUUGUUUUUAAAACAUAGUAAUAGUAAUGUAUGAUCACAGUGUUUCCUAUGAUAGGGGUAUCAUCUUUCUCUCUUGUUGAGCUCACCAACAUUGUGUUCCCCCCAGGUUCCUCUCGCCCGCUCGGAGGGUAACCUCCUGGAGCUAAUGGAGGAGAUAUGUGAGAAGAUGAAGGAUUACGGGGAACGCUUGGACCCCAUCACCAGCAGGGAGACCUAUGAGAGGGUCACGUCUCGGAACGGCAAACCCAUGGACCUCUCAGAGGCUAAACUGGAUUCCAGAGUCACAUCCAGCCUGAAAUUUGCUGUGGGUAGCCAUUUUGUUUUCAUUUUCACAUGUUAGGGGGUAGGAUCUAGGGAUGAUGACAUGCUAUAGCUCAUCAGUGUGACAUUCUAGAACCUCUGAUAAUGUAGUGAAUGAUAAUGACUACAGUUGAUUGCAUCUUUGUUGCAACUUUCACCCAAACAUACCAAUGCAGUGGAAACUUUCCACAUCCAUAUGUUUGUACUGUAGGUUACAAGCCAGUGGCUCCAAGCUCCUGCAUCUCACUGAAAUGUGUGACCAACUACAUCUUAUUUAACCAUUAUCUUCUGUCGUACCCCUAGUGUGAGACCAUCAUUGAACAACAUGAAGACGAGGUCAUCGAAUUCUUUGCCCAUGAAACGGACAACGUGAAAGACAAACUCUGCAGCAAGAGAACAGGUAUGCCACCCUCUUACUUGAUCCAAUACAUUAUAUUGACCACUAGAGACUACAUGCACUGCUAUUGGGGAUACACCUCUUACAAAAUUGUGUUUGGCAUAACUCAUUGUAAUACAAUACGUGUAAAGUGAAAAAUCAAUACUAAAAUAAUGUAACUCAUUGAUGGUUUUUCUCUGCAGACCUUUGCGACCAUGCUCUGCAAAUCCCUCAUGAUGAGCUAUGA